GCGCUUUCCUAAGUUACGUUAACAGAUGAUCGGAUUCACCAGAAUUCAGCUUUUAGUAAACAAAUUGUUUCAGUAAAUUGUGAUAACGGAAAGUUUUUGUUAAUUAUUUUACCUGUGUCGAUCAAAUUUUGUAUAAAAACCAAUGGGAUCUUUGAGUGAUACUAGUUUACUUUCAAAUGGUUCUGAUAAAAAUAUUCGGUAAAAUGCAUCUUGUAAUUGGAUUUGGUUUCAGAGAAUCUUCACAUCUGUUCGGAAGCUGUUUACACGGACUAGGAAGUCAAAUUAUUCGUGAUAUUCAUUUUUCUUCAAAAUCUUUUUAUUCAAAAAACAACGAUUUCGAUGAAGCUCAAUUUGAUCUAGAAAAUGACCUCAUUUAUGGAUCUCAAUCCAACGCUGUUGAUCAAAGUCGCAGUAAAAUUGAUAGUGAUAAGCAAGCUGGUUGCAAGAUAUCACCCAAAGAGCUGAUCAACAUUUAUACAGAGGUGUUACCAGUUAACUGGAACCCUGAAGAACUCAUAAAUUUUCCUAUGUCAAACCCAUGGAGAUCUAAAUCUAAUCUAAAAACCGAAGAGAAAACAAUAGAAUAUGAGUUGAAUUGUAAAAGAAAAUUAAUUUUGGAUAACAACAAUCUAAAAGUGAACGAGUUUCCAUCAGUUACUAAAAUAAUUGGUGAAACCAAGUCAGCCGCAUCUAGACAAGCAUUGGAACAAUGGAAAAGGCGGAUGAUUGAACAACUUGGUGAGGAAAAGUUCAAGGAAUAUCAACAGAAAAUAUUUCGACGAGGUCACUUACUUCAUGCCAACAUUGCCAAAAGAUUAGAAGAAAAGUCUGAGGAAAUUGAAAUUAGCGAAGAAAUAUCCGGCUACUGGAAAAGUUUGUCCAACGUUUUCACCAACAUAUCCAAGGUUCAAUUGUUAGAGAAACCCGUUAUUCAUCCUUUUCUAUGUUACAAAGGUAUCAUUGAUUGUGUCGCUUAUUACAAUAAAACUUGUUACCUCAUUGAUUGGAAGACAUCAAGUCGACCCAAACCAACAAUCUAUAAUCUAUACGAUGAACCAAUUCAAGUUGUGUCUUAUUUAGGUGCUUUGAACUUUGAUAGUAAAUAUGAUUAUCAAGUUAGUAAAGCAGCAAUUGUAGUUGCCUAUGAAGAUGGUUCACCUGCUCAUGUACAUCGUAUUUCAGAAUCACUUUGUAAAAAUUAUUGGAUCUCAUGGGUAAAAAGGCUUCAUAAUUAUUGGUUAACAAAUGUUAAAAGCUGAAAAUUGGAAUCAGCUCUUUUAAAUUCCUUCUGUAUUUAUUAUCCCAAAACAUAAAUAAAUAUUGAUAAUCAACUUUGAA